AUGGAAAGCUUAUUAAAUGAAAAAAAAAAUUUUAUUAGGCAUGUUAUAUCAAAUGCUCCUCCCGGAAAAAUCUAUGAUUUAGUAUCAGAUUUAAAAAUACUAUUUGGAUCUAAUCAGUUUAUUCAGAAUUUAAUAGAAGAAGCUGUACAAAAUUAUAAUGAAAAUAAUUAUACACUUAUUCCUGUUGGAGAUAAUGAUUAUGUAAUAACUUGUGAGAAAUCAAAAAUUGAUAAUUCUUAUGUUCACCUAAAAUUAAAAUUGUUAGUCAAUGUUAACCAUAUGAAAAGAAAAGUAAUUUCAGUGAGUGAAUUAAAAGAAUUAAACUAUUCAAAUGAGUUAGAAAAUUAUAGAAAAAUUUGUGAUGAAAAACUAGAAAAAUAUAUGCAAGCACAUUUCCAAAAAUGGAAUGAAAUACAAACAAUAAAUUUUCCUACUGUUAAUAUAAAUUCUAAAAAUGGAUUAUCAGUAAAAUGCAGUUCUUCAGUCUAUGCUUGUGAAAAAGAACAAAAGUUUAAUUUAUUUUUUAUCAUAUGUUGUGAUAGAUAUUAUAUAAAAAAUUUUUACACCAGCUCAUGGAGAAGCUCAUGGAAUGUUAAUUUUUUACUUACAGAUGAAGAAGUUCUUUUAAAUGGUACAAUAGAUAUAGCUCUUACUUAUUUUGAAGAUGCCAAUAUAAAUUUUAAAACAACCAAAACAUUUGAAAAAAAAAUUUAUGAUAUUGAGAAAUUUUCCUCGAAUAUUUUGUCUGCUAUAAAUGAAUAUGAAAAUUACAUGUUGUAUGAUCUAAAUAAUUUUUUAAUCAAUAUAAACAAAGAAUUAAUAAAAAACACCAGAAAAAUAAUACCAUUAAAUGGAGAGAAGUUUGACUGGAAAAGUACUUAUCAAGACAUUCCCAUUCAAAUUAGGUUAAUAAAACAUAUAUAUAUAUAUAUAUAUUGUUUGAAUAAUAUUAUCAUAUUUUUUAUUAAAAGCAAAAAAACAAUAAAAAAAAAAUUAUGA